AUGAUCCGGAAACUUUGUUUCCUUCUCCUAAUUGUUCAAACAUUAAGUUUCAAUGUACUUGUAUUGUCUCCAGCGUUUGGAGCUAGUCAUAUGAAUUUUAUGGCACAUUUGGCUGAUACACUAACUGAAGUUGGACAUAAUGUGACAUUCUUGAUUCCAGUGGCAGAUGAAGCUCGAAAAGAUCAAUUGGGAGUAAAAAUCACAAAGGAUGUUGUGCUAGUUGAACAAGACGAAAUUAUGUCAAGACAAUCGUUAGUCGUGGAUGAUCACAUGGACAGUAUGUGGACACUAGACACACAUGAACCCAAUUUCGAAGAGAUGUUCUCUUGGUUCCACAAAUUAAUGGAGUUGUCAUGCGCCAAUUUUAUGAGAAACACGGAAGUUCUUAGUUUGAUGAAGACGAAAAACUUUGAUGUUGCUAUUCUGGAACCACUCUCUGUUUGUGGUCUUGGAUUCUUUAAAAAGUUGGGAAUAGAAAAAACGAUUCUUGCUUCUUCUUGUUCAUUGUAUGAUUUUCUGUUGCCUGACAUUGGAGAACCAGAAGAGCACAGCUAUGUUCCUUCAUUAUCAUCUCAAACUGGAGAUCAAAUGAAUCUUUACGAGAGAUACAAAAACUACAAAUUUUCCAAGGAAUGGAAGACGCAAAUGGAUAAACUGUUCGACCAGGAAACUGCAAUCUAUCGAAAAUAUCUUGGCAAGGACAUUCCCGACUGGAGAGAACUACUUCCAUCUGCUUCCCUAUUCUUCACCAACUCCAAUCCAUAUCUUGAUUUUCCACGUCCAGUGAUUCAGAAGACGAUUCCAAUUGGUGGAAUAUCAGUAAACAUGAAGAAAAUCAAAUCUCAGAAACUCGACUCUGAUUGGGAUGAGAUUUUGAACAGAAGAGAUCAUAAUAUGUUGGUAUCAUUCGGAUCAAUGGUCAAAUCCGCUCAGAUGCCAAUUGAAUGGAAAAACAACAUUUUAAAAGUAAUCGAGUCUGAGCCAAAUGUCACUUUUAUUUGGAAAUACGAAACAAAUGAUACUGAAUUCGCAAAAGGAAUAGACAAUGUCAUAUUCUCGAAAUGGGUUCCUCAAACUGCUCUUUUGAAUGACGAUCGCCUGACUGCGUUCUUGACUCACGGAGGUCUCGGAAGUACAAACGAAUUAGCCCAUUGCGGAAAACCAGCCGUAAUGGUUCCGAUUUUUGGGGAUCAAGUAAGAAAUGCAAACAUGCUUGCAAGACACAAAGGAUCUAUAUUUGUAUGGAAAAAUGAUUUGGCGGAUUUCGACAUUUUGAAACAAGCCGUCCAUUCUAUACUAUACGAUCCCAAGUAUAAGAAAAACGCAAUGCAUCUUGCCGAUAUCCUUGAAAAUCAACCUCAUCAACCAAAGGAUCUUGUUGUAAAACAUACCGAGUUUUUGGCACAAUACGGGCCUUUCCCAAAAAUGGAUCCGGUAGGCCGCAGUUUGGGUUUCAUUGCGAGGAAUUUUAUUGAUAUCUAUGCAGCUGCUAUUAUAACUUAUUUGACUCUUGGUUAUUCUUUUUAUAUUGUAUUGAGGUUCUUAGCCUCGAAGUUUCCAGUGAGAUUGGUUCGUAAAAACAAGAAAGAUCUCUAG